GCCAUAACACCACCUCCGGGAUAAUCGAAUAUACUCUAUACAUCAUACGUUUAACUUCAGGAGAAGAAAAAACUAGGCGCCUUUCCAUGGCUGUUUUUUAUAACAGUGCCCCGUUAAAGGUUUACUUGACAGAUCACAUAACUUACAGGCCAAAAUGGGAUACAUCUAAAGAAAAGGAGACUCUAUUAUAGCCGUCCCUUCUUCUACUCACUUGGAAGAAUAACUUACUCUAUGUUAGAGGCUCAAUUAACUACAAAGGUGUAAGUCCAGAAAUCAAGGAAUUAAGUAUCAAUUUAUUUAGGGGGAUGGAGUUACCAACAAAUUAUUAUCUAUAAAGGUAUCCACAUAGAAUUACGACCUCACCACGAGAACCAAAUCCUCUUACAGAUAUUAAUCUCCUACAGUGGCCAUAUACUGAUUCGGAGGCUUAGAUUGAGAUGGAUAUUCUUUCAGGAGAGACCAGAAACUAGCAUAUAAACAUACACAGAAACAGCGUGCUACUGCUGAUCUGAGUUCAGGGCUGAUUCAUAGUUAUUAGCUUCCACAUAAGAAGAGGCUAUAUUGAUGAAUCAUUACUAGGUGGCCCUUGGAAUCUCUAGAAAGAGGCUAAAAAUCUCCAAAUUAGAAGACGCAUUCAAGAAGUACCCCCCUACAACCUGUCUUCAAAACGAUCUUAUUCCUCAAUCAAGCUAGAUCUGGAACGAAGAAUAUAUCCAGAUUUUACUACGCUAAGAUACUGCUCCAGGGCUUGUCAAAAGCUUCUUUUUGCUCUCCCAGAAAAAGAAAUUUCAGGAGAGCGUCAGAGUACCUAAGGAAAAGUCAACUUGCGGUUUAGUUUUUGGGCGCGCCGCUCAACUUAGACGCGCUGCAUCUCUUAGCCUAUCAUCUUCAACGUCACUUUGAGCCAACAUCGUCAAAUACACCCAACGAUUGUGAAGAUACCGAUAAUACCGCUUCACCGUCCUACAGUCUCUCCCUGAUAAUCCAGUGUUGUUCGUUGCAGAGCGCAAUGUUUCUCGUCGGUUUCGGGCGGCUCAUACAAGGUCGACUGUUCCCACCUGCCAACCCAACAGCCUCGCUUGAAGGGAAGACAGUCCUCCUCACCGGCGGUACAUCUGGCCUGGGGCUCGAAGCAGCCAUAAAAUAUAUAAACUUGGGAGUUUCCUCGUUGAUAAUUGCCUGCCGUAGCAUUGAACGGGGCAAUGAAGCGAAAAAGGUUAUUGAACAACGUACAAAGCGUGCGAGUAGCCCCGCCAGUUUUGACAUUCAAAUAUGGCCCCUAGACAUGGCCAGCUACCAAAGCGUGACAUCUUUUGCUCAAAAAAUCAAUAAUGAAGUCCCGCGGCUUGAUAUAGCACUGUUAAAUGCUGGUGUCAUGCAUAGAAAAUAUACCCUCACACCAGACGGAUGGGAAGAAACGCUUCAAGUCAACGCACUUUCAACCGCACUGCUGGGGCUACUCUUACUCCCAAAGCUAAGAGAGAGCCGUGAUGCCGCAACGGGAGCCCCUGCUCAUCUCACCUUUGUCUCAAGCGGAUCUUACAGACAUGCAAAGGCAGGGGAGCUACAGCCUGAUGGAGCGAACAGCAUCCUCCUACACUUGAAUAGCGAGGAAAACUUCCGUGCGCACUCUCAGUACCGAUUAUCCAAGGUCAUUGUCGAAUACACUGCAAAGAGAAUUGCUGGUUUAACCCGUUGCGAUGAUGGCUCACUGGGAGUCAUCGUCAACUCUGCCUGUCCGGGGUUCUGUCGUUCCCGCUUAGGUCGCGAGUACGACGCAUGGCACGAGAGGAUGUUCGUUGCUGUGUUUGAACUCAUCUUUGGCCGUACAUCAGAGCAAGGUAGCAGGACCCUUGUGAGCGCUACCAUGCUCGGCGAGGAAUCCCAUGGUAAAUGGUGGAGAAGUGACCAAUAUCCAGACAUCUCGGCUACUCUUACUGGAACAAGCGAGGGGAAAGUGUUACAGAUACGAGCCUGGGAAGAGAUCGUGGGGGAGCUCAAGCUUCGAUCUCCCGAGGUUGAACGGCUCGGCCGACGCAAUUGA